AUGUUUCGUGCAGAGAGAAUAACCAAGACUAUACUGGAAAAAUAUCCAUCAGCAGUAGUGAAUAUAGUUGACCGAACAAAGGAGCAUGCCGGGCACAGAGAAAUGAUUAACAUUGAUGAUCCGCAAGAAACCCACCUGGAUAUAAAUGUGUGCGAUAGCUCCUUUGAGGGCUGCUCUCCUCUGAGCGCAAUUAGAGAGAUCAAUCGACUAAUAAAAGACGAGUUUACAAAGGGCCUCCAUGCAGUAUCAAUUACAUGCACGUCACCCAACACAAAAUAA